AUGUACAACAAAGGGAAAAGUCGCUUGAAGGAAAUAGAACAAGCGCUGAGUGAUCUCCAUACGGAGGUCCACGGCGGAUCAUCCAGUACCAGAAUCCUUCAAUCCUAUUUUACGUCUGCUUCCAAAGCACAAUCCCAUAAUAAAUCUCGGAUAGUGGUUGGCACAACGCAAGCAAGCAAGAAGAAAACAGCACCCAAAACAACUCUUUUGGCUACCGUAUCGUCUACAGCCAGCACGUCGACUGAACAAGCCCCUUCGUGUGCACGCAGUAGGCAUCAUGAAGGCACCCAAGUUGCAGCCGAUUCGAGGUUGCAAGUAACAUUCCAAUGCGGUGAUGAAGAUAUCCAAGACGCGGAAAGUGCACCGAAUGAGUUUUCAAAAGAAUCUGAUGAGAGUCCCGGUGCACCAAAAUGUCAAACCGGCAAUGCAAUUGACGGCACGGGAACCCACAUUGAGGUCUGCGUGCAGGAAGGCAUCGAGCUAUACACCAAACUAUGCGACGCCAUCCAAGACUACCACGAAGUCGACACCAAUGAUCUAGAAGCCUAUGAGGGUGAACAGGGGCCUGCCCACUCGAUCCCCGACGCGCCAUCCACGUGGGGUUUGAUAUCCGCCGGUCGAAGGCCAUCCCGCGGCUCCGCGUGCGGCGAUGCCGCGUGGUUGGAGCAGUGCGCACGCGUUAUAUCGGAAAUCACUGAGGGUCCAACAUCGGCAUCCGAGGGCGACAACCCUUACGACGAGGACCCCUCCACCUCCAUAGUGAAGGAGGAGGAAGAAGAGGGCGGUGCGAGCGGCCCAUCCGCCUCUUUCAAUCCCAAAGAGCAGCGGUACUCCAACCCGCCCUGCACCGUAUCGUCGAUCCGUGGGUGGAAGAAACCCGGCCCGUCGAUCGUCUUGGCGAGGGAGGGGACCGCCGUUGCCGCCAGUCAGGCCGAGGCCUUCGCGAAGCGGCUCCAACGCGAGGCCGCGGCGGCCCGGCAACGACGACAGGGCGUGGAAACUCCCCCUUUGGUGGACGCGGACCCCCCUCGUCUUCGGCGAGCAAAGGCCCCGGAGCCCUCCGUGGUGAUCAAGCGACCUGCGGGGGUUCUUUUUUGCCCGCGAUGCCACCGCGGCUUCGAAUUGGACGUCUCGCGGUGGGUGGGUCGAGAAGAGGGCGGCGACGAGACUACCCCCUGCCCACACUGCUCGGCGACGGUAAAGGUGUCGGAGGGCCUCGGGCGUCGUCCACCAUCCUCCGCCAAACAAACCUCUACCGUGAAGGCACCGAUGUGUGGGGUGGGGUGUGGUGGUGACGACGAGGCGAAUGACGGCGCUGAGACUUCCUCUGCAAAGACCAUGGGAGUUCAUAAGGUGGUCCUCUCAGAGGCCGUCGGGACGGACCUCACGCAAGCAUGGUCGGAGGACCUUAAAGGGUUGUACUUCUUACACUUGUGGGAUGAAGCUGCUCAUCUCCAAGUGUGA